AUGCUUCUUUAUAUAAAUACUUUGAUAUCUUGGCAAUAAGAUUGUUUUAUAAAGAAAGCUGAAAUAAUAUCAAUAAUUAGAGGAAACUAUAAGAGUGCAUUAAAUGUAAAUACAGGAUCACUAAUUUCUUCAAAAAAUUAAAAUUCUUUCUAUGGAGGAAGAAAUGGUAGUUGCUUACAAAAUGAAAUUUAUCAAUUUUUAGGUUAUACUUUUAGUUCGCUUGGAUAUUCAAUUACUUUAGAUUUAAUUCAUAACUUUGAAUUAAAUACUUUAAAGCUAUGGUUUAGGGAUGAAGAUUAUAGAGUUUACAGUGUUAAGGUUUUCUUAAUAAAUUAAGAUCAUGAAAUUUAGAUCUAUGAUGGUACUGCUUACAGUAUAAUUACAUUAACAUUUCCUGAUUAAUUAGUCAAAGGAUUCAGAAUACUAAAUGUGAAUGGAAAUACAGGGAAUUAAUGGAUGCAUCUUAUAAAGGUAGAUGCCUUUUAUAAAUUAUAAACAACUCAAUUACAAUGA